AUGGGAGUCCCGGCGUUCUACAGGUGGCUGGCGGACCGGUACCCACAGACGGUGUCGGACGCGGAGGAGGAGGAGCCCAUGGAGCUCGAGCCCGGGGCCUUCGUCCCCGUCGACCCCCGCCGCCCCAACCCCAACGGCCUCCAGGCCUCCGUCGUCGCGCUGGCCGACCAGCUCUGCCGCCUCCACCUCGGGAAGAUGCAGCCCAUGCCCAUGGCGCGCCUCGCCUCCUCGGACGAGAAGCUCCUCCCCCUCCACGUCGGACAGACGCAGGCGCAGGUCGUGCCGGCUCCCCCGGUGCUGCCCGCCUCCCCGGCCGAGAAGCACGCGGCGAUGCCCAAGAGCAUCUCCAUCCGCUCCAAAGGCUACCUGAAGCAUCGCGUGACGAAGCCGGUGAACGUCGGCUCGCAGCAGCGCGUGUUCGUGGGCGUGGACGGCGCGAAGGAGGAGGAGCACAAGGGCGGAAGCGAUGGCGGGGAGAAGGGCGGUCAGGUUGCCACGGCUCCCGACGGGCUGAAGUUCCAGAAACUUCAAGUGGAAAGAUGCGCCAGUGACUAUGCUGCCAUCCAUCAAGUUCUUGAUCGAGAACAAGCUUCCCGUUUGGAUAUUCAGUGGUGA